GAAGAGCCCGCCGCCCGCGCGAGGUGUAGAUGUGGCACUGCCUGCAGAGCAGGUCCUGCCAGCUUCACUGGAGAGGAUGCCCCCCUGUCCGUGAUGGGCUGUGGGACAAGCAAGGUCCUUCCUGAGCCACCCAAGGAUGUCCAGCUGGAUCUGGUCAAGAAGGUGGAACCCUUCAGUGGCACUAAGAACGAUGUGUACAAGCACUUCAUCACAGAGGUGGACAGUGUUAGCCCUCUCAAGGCUGCGUUUCCAGCUGCUAGUCAAUAUUCACCCCUUGGCACUGGUGUCCCUGCUACUGGCCACACAGAGCCUCCUUCAGAACCACCACGAAGGGCCAGGGUGGCAAAAUACAGGGCCAAGUUUGACCCACGUGUGACAGCUAAGUAUGACAUCAAGGCUCUGAUUGGUCGAGGCAGCUUUAGCCGAGUGGUACGAGUGGAACACCGGGCAACCCGCCAGCCAUAUGCCAUCAAGAUGAUUGAAACCAAGUAUCGAGAGGGACGGGAGGUGUGUGAGUCUGAGCUUCGUGUGCUGCGCCGGGUACGCCAUGCCAACAUCAUCCAGCUGGUGGAAGUGUUUGAAACCCAGGAGCGUGUAUACAUGGUGAUGGAGCUAGCUACUGGUGGUGAGCUCUUCGACCGCAUCAUUGCUAAGGGUUCCUUCACUGAGCGUGAUGCCACAAGGGUGCUGCAGAUGGUGCUGGAUGGUGUCCGGUAUCUGCAUGCACUAGGUAUUACACACCGUGACCUCAAGCCUGAGAAUCUGCUCUACUACCACCCAGGCACUGACUCUAAGAUCAUCAUCACUGACUUUGGCUUGGCCAGCGCCCGGAAGAAGGGUGAUGACUGCCUCAUGAAGACUACCUGUGGCACACCUGAGUACAUUGCUCCUGAGGUCCUGGUCCGCAAGCCCUACACCAACUCUGUGGACAUGUGGGCGCUGGGUGUCAUUGCCUACAUCUUGCUCAGUGGUACCAUGCCCUUUGAGGAUGACAACCGCACCCGGCUGUACCGGCAGAUCCUCAGGGGCAAGUACAGUUACUUGGGGGAGCCCUGGCCUAGUGUGUCCAACCUGGCCAAGGACUUCAUUGACCGCCUGCUGACUGUGGACCCUGGAGCCCGAAUGACUGCACUGCAGGCCUUGAGGCACCCAUGGGUGGUGAGCAUGGCAGCUUCUUCGUCUAUGAAAAAUCUGCACCGCUCCAUCUCCCAGAACCUCCUCAAGCGUGCUUCCUCACGCUGCCAGAGCACCAAGUCUGCCCAGUCUACGCGUUCCAACCGUUCCACUCGCUCCAACAAGUCACGCCGUGUGCGGGAGCGGGAGCUGCGGGAGCUGAACUUGCGGUAUCAGCAGCAGUACAAUGGCUGAGCCACCAGCUGUGGCUGCGCUCUGUGCCAUCUGGGCCCAAGACCCUCUUUUGAAAUAGGCCUCAUGGCUAGUGGUAUGUGGAAAAUACCUGAAGCCUGCACCUUCUCUGUGCCUUUAGCAGCCCCCGUCCACAAUGGGCCUGGGUUGGGUAUGAUGGAGUAGAGAUGGCCCAGGAGGCUGAGAACCACAUAUUUGGGAACCUGGCCUGGCACUGAUACCCCUUUGGUGGGCAGCUGCUCUGUAUGAGUUAGGGGAAGGGACAGGUCCUUUCACCAUCUCGCUCAUCCUUUGGCUCUUCCUCAGACCAAAGGUUCUUGCAGUGCUGGGUAGAGGGUGGCCUAUGGGCCAGGAUGCUUUAGAACAGUUACUUCUGACACUCCCCUUUCAUCCACAGAGCCUUCCUCCCUCACUCCUGACAUUCUUUGCCAUUCUAAUCUUUAAGAUUAGGCUCCAGUGGCAGGCCUAGCUUUGGCUUAGUCAAAGAAUGCAGGCUCCAGGGGCCUUGACUGGACCAAGAGCUUCUGAUUAGAUCUAAGUCCCUACCUACUGUCCAAAAUCUGUCUUCCUUUGUGGUGCUGCCAGAGACCGCUCCUGGCCCUAAGACUUGCCAGGACCUCUGGAGGCAGUGCCAUGGCAUGGACCUGAGCCUUGCUGGUGUAGGCCCACCCCAGCUGUUACCACUCUGUUUCUUCUUUGCGGAGACUUCCAUUGUCUCCCUCUCCCCCUUGGAUGCUCAUUUCAUUCCCUGGUGUCUCCUUCCCAACUGUAGGGGUUAAAGGGAGCCCCACUGCUGCUACCUGGGGAAUGGGGGCACCUGGGCCAAGGCAGAAGGUUCCCCCUUAGGAACCCAUUGUUAGCUCUAGUGCCCUGCUUUGAUACUACCCAUUGCCUCUUCCCUUCAGGGCCACUUUGCCCUCCUGUACAACUUCCUGAAGGUGUCACCUAACAUCUGGCCUGGAAACAGGCAGCUAGAGGUGAGCAAUGGAUCUCCAUAUUGCAUACCCAGUCUUCCAUAAAGAAGUGAAAAGGAAGGAGCUGAUGCAUUGCAAGAGGGUCCUGGACUGCUCAGCUCCCUUUCUCAGCUUCUGUGUACCUUUCCUUGGAACUUAGCCAUACUGUGUGACCUGCCUCUGAACCCUGGGUGCCUGAGGUCCUGGCCUUGCUGUGAGAGCUGCCUUUGUCCUUUCCACCCUGUGCCCACUCCCUUUCAUAGCAUUAACCUUCCAAUUGGGCCUCAUUGAGUCUCAGGCUAGAGGGAGCCCUUGCAGAAGGUGUGUGUAGGGGUUUGGGGGGCUGCUUUCCCAGAGGCCUGAGCCAGAACUGUACCAGUGGCUGUCAUGGUAUCUCUCUGCCACCACCACCAACCAUGCUGGAGCCCAGGGAUUUUCUCUCCACAGCUGCUUUCAGUGUGUAAGAAUGGGGCAGGGCCAAGCCUCUGCCUUACCUAAGACCCUGCCAGCUGUGAGAGUUUGACACCCACUCAGCUGCUCACAGUGGGCAGCCUUGGGCCACAUUCUCCUCUUUCUGUAUGUGCCACCUCCAGUGGGUACGAAACCAGAGAGACCACUCUGUGCCAAGCUGACUGUGCCUUUUAUGCUCCUCUACUAUCCCUACUUUUUUGGGCAAGAGGAAAUGGAAAGGCCAGGCCCCACAGCCUCUGAAUUUUCUGCCACUUUCCCAAAUAUCUCUAGCUUCCUGAAGCCCUGGGGAUUUAUUUCCUAUCCUGCCCAGGGUAGGCUUGGUCCUAAGAGUAGGACAAGGGAGUUUGGAGACUUGGGCCUUCAUCACAUGGACCCUGGAUGGAGAAUGUGCAGUUAUUUAUUUUGUGUAUUCAGUUUGUAAAUGUAUCCUCUGUAUUCAAUAAACAGGCUGCCCUCCCCAGGGAAGGCUGCCUAUUCAUUCCAACAGCCCUAGCUCU